UAUCAGGAAUGGGCAAGAUAUGGAGUGUUUUACAAGUUUCAGCCUAUUGAUCUCAUAAGGAAGUAUUUUGGAGAAAAGAUAGGACUUUAUUUUGCAUGGCUGGGUUUAUACACGGAAUUCCUCAUUCCCUCUUCAGUAGUUGGGAUUAUUGUAUUUCUAUAUGGAUGUAUAACCAUUGAAAGUGACAUUCCUAGCAAAGAGAUGUGUGACCAACGCAAUGCCUUCACCAUGUGCCCCCUGUGUGACAAGUUCUGUGAUUACUGGAACCUCAGCUCUGCCUGUGCCACUGCUCGAGCAAGUCACUUGUUUGACAACCCUGCCACAGUUUUUUUCUCCAUCUUUAUGGCUCUCUGGGCUACCAUGUUCCUUGAACAAUGGAAGCGUUUGCAGAUGAGAUUGAGUUACUUCUGGGAUCUAACAGGACUGGAAGAAGAAGAAGAGCAUCCCAGGCCAGAGUAUGAAACCAAACUGCUGCAGAAAAAGCUGAAAAAUAAAAACAUCACAACAGAAAAUUCAAAUGAGUAGUGCCAUCCUCAAUGGAAUUACACAGAGUCAGGAAAUGAAAACUGGUGUUGUGCCUGAAAACAUGCAGAUGGGGCUAGAGCCAACUCUCACUGGAGCUGAUGGAAAGCCUUCCAGUUAUUUCUGUGAGAGAUGCAUCAGGCCCUGACUCCUUUUCAUUAAACGUCCAGCUGAUCUGGCAAACAUGA